AUGGAGCUUCCUCCAAAUCUACUGCCGGAUGAGGCCAAUCCCAACUCGAUGAACAAAGGCGACGACGCAUGGCAACUCACAGCGGCCACACUCGUCGGGCUUCAGAGCAUGCCGGGGCUGGUUAUCAUCUACAGCGGCAUGGUGAAGAAGAAAUGGGCAAUCAAUUCAGCAUUAAUGGCUUUCUAUGCAUUUGCAGUAGUUCUAAUCUGUUGGGUCGGGUGGGGUUUUCGCAUGUCAUUCGGCGAACAACUAGUCGAUUUUUGGGGAAAACCUGCGGUGGCUUUGGACCAGAAGUAUCUUCUUGGACAGGCCUUUUUGGGUUACUUUCCAACAGCAACAAUGGUGUUGUUUCAGUUUGUAUUUGCUGCAAUUACGCCUAUUUUGAUCGGGGGUGCGCUUUUGGGGAGAAUGAAUUUUGUUGCAUGGAUGAUUUUUGUGCCUCUUUGGCAUACUUUUUCGUAUACAAUUGGUGCUUUUAGCAUUUGGAACCCAAAUGGCUGGUUGGCAAAGCUUGGAGUCAUUGAUUUUGCUGGAGGAUUUGUUAUUCAUCUCUCCUCAGGUGUAGCUGGAUUCACUGCUGCGUAUUGGGUGGGACCAAGAAUUGACAAGGACAGAGAAAGAUUCCCGCCGAACAACGUACUUCUGAUGCUGGCCGGUGCCGGCUUGCUGUGGAUGGGGUGGACAGGGUUCAACGGGGGAGCACCGUACGCUGCCAGCACCAUUGCAUCCUUGGCAGCCCUCAAUACCCACGUGUGUGCUGCUACUAGCCUCCUAACUUGGUUGCUACUUGACACCAUUGUUUUUGGCAAGCCUUCAGUAAUUGGAGCUGUGCAGGGAAUGAUAACUGGUUUAGUUUGCAUCACCCCAGGUGCAGGAGUUGUUCAGUGCUGGGCAGCCAUUUUGAUGGGCUUAAUCUCUGGGAGCCUGCCUUGGUACACAAUGAUGGUACUCCAUAACAAGUUCAACAUCCUUAAACAUGUUGACGACACUUUUGCGGUCUUCCACAGCCAUGCCAUAGCAGGAAGUUUAGGUGGAAUUCUCACCGGCUUUUUCGCAGUGCCUAAGCUCAGCAGACUGUUUUUCCAGGUGCCAGAUUGGGAAAAGUAUAUUGGGCUAGCUUAUGGUCUCCAAACUGGAAGAACUUCGGCUGGGCUUAAACAAAUGGGGAUUCAACUUAUCGGGAUUGUUUUCAUAGUGUCUCUUAAUAUAGUUACCACAAGCUUGAUUUGUUUGUUCAUAAAGUUGAUAGUUCCACUUAGGUUAAGUGAAGAGGAAUUGAGAAUUGGCGAUGAUGCUGUGCAUGGAGAAGAAGCAUAUGCUUUGUGGGUCGAUGGGGAUAGAUUCGAGAAUGCCAAGAGUAAUUCAAUUUAUGAUGUUGAUGAAUACCCGUCGAUCAUGUCCAAGAAUGCUAGUGAACUGCAAAUGUUGACGAAAAGACUGCAAAGAACACGGCGUGAAGAAAAAACAAAAGGGGCGACCAAUUUGGACGCAGCAAUUGUACACAGUAUUGGAAACUUCGUCUCACCAGGUGCGGCAAAAAAUUGCAUUAUGGAAGCUCAGCUGACAGAUGCUGUACAUUCCUAUCCAUGUGUUAGAGCCACCAUUCACCUAGGAUCAGAAACAUUCUUUGUUCAGGCAAACAACGGGGUUCUUUCUGAGCAAUUGGUUUCAGUGAAGGAGCAGAGCAUGAGCAUACUGAAGGACUUCAUAACGAAACAUAAUAUUCCAACUGAAGUUCCUGAUGAACCGGAAGAGGUCUCUUCAGAAGACGACAAUGAAACAUCUUCCAAGCCUCCAAUUAAGAAAUCGAAGAGUGGACAAUAA